CCCGCCCUUCAGGAGUGACGAGCGGCCUGACCAAUGGGAGCAGGGGGCGGGCUCUCUGCCGAAGGACUGGAAGGUGGCGGUGGUGAAGGUGCAGGCCGUUGGGGCGGCUCAGAGGAAGGUGACUAUGAAAGGCUUAUAUUUCCAACAGAGUUCCACAGAUGAAGAAAUAACAUUUGUAUUUCAAGAAAAGGAAGAUCUUCCUGUUACAGAGGAUAACUUUGUGAAACUUCAAGUUAAAGCUUGUGCUCUGAGCCAGAUAAAUACAAAGCUUCUGGCAGAAAUGAAGAUGAAAAAGGAUUUAUUUCCUGUUGGGAGAGAAAUUGCUGGAAUUGUAUUAGAUGUUGGAAGCAAGGUAUCAUUCUUUCAACCAGAUGAUGAAGUAGUUGGAAUUUUGCCCCUGGACUCUGAAGACCCUGGACUUUGUGAAGUUGUUAGAGUACAUGAGCAUUACUUGGUUCAUAAACCAGAAAAGGUCACAUGGACGGAAGCAGCAGGAAGCAUUCGGGAUGGAGUGCGUGCCUAUACAGCUCUGCAUUAUCUUUCUCAUCUCUCUCCUGGAAAAUCAGUGCUGAUAAUGGAUGGAGCAAGUGCAUUUGGUACAAUAGCUAUUCAGUUAGCACAUCAUAGAGGAGCCAAAGUGAUUUCAACAGCAUGCAGCCUUGAAGAUAAGCAGUGCCUUGAAAGAUUCAGACCUCCCAUAGCCCGAGUGAUUGAUGUAUCUAAUGGGAAAGUUCAUGUUGCUGAAAGCUGUUUGGAAGAAACAGGUGGCCUGGGAGUAGAUAUUGUCCUAGAUGCUGGAGUGAGAUUAUAUAGCAAAGAUGAUGAACCAGCUGUAAACCUACAACUACUACCACAUAAACAUGAUAUCAUCACACUUCUUGGUGUUGGAGGCCACUGGGUAACAACAGAAGAAAACCUUCAGGUGAAGAAACACAAGCACAGAGAUGUUGAUACAGACUCAAGGAUGCGGCAAGUGGCGGAGCAAGAAUCACACUCAGGCGGUCUCUCUCCUUUCUGAACGGAGAUGAGCCCUAAGAUACCUGGAAGAUUUUGUUUUUAACCUCACAUUAAGGAAAGUACACAUCACCUUGAAAGGUUGCACACUUACUCCUAUGAUGGUGCCAUUGCACAGAAACAUUUCAGAAUACUUUUCUAAAUUAAAGAGUUUGUGGAGUGUUUUAUAAAUAUCAAUGCUAGGAAAUCUUUAUCAAAUGAAGAUAGGUUUGACUUUUUGAAACAAAAGUCAUUCAGAGAUAAGUCUGGUGUGAUUGAAGCCAAAUCAUUCCAGUUGAGUAAAAAUAAUAAAAAGUUUGGAAUAUACAAACAAUUUCAAAAAGAAAGGUCCAAACCUCUUUAGAGUAGGGUCAACUUAAGAAUUCCUUUUAUUUCUAAAAUGACUGGCUUAGAGGCAGCAGCACUUGGUAAAAGUUUUAAUGUAUUGGAUAAAAAAAAAGUUAUCAUUACUUGAUAGAGCAUAUGUGUGUGUCUGAAGAAAGAUUUACAUAGCCUUACACUUGUCUCUACUGAAUAUCAUACGUUACUUUUCUUAAAUGUGUCUAGUCAUAUAUGUGUGAUAUGUAUAAAGGCCAGUUCCCUCCAGGAGCAAUGACAGACUUUAUUCGGAGCUUUAAGGUAGUUAUGUAGGCCGGGCAUGGUGGCACAUGCCUGUAAUCCCAGCUACUCAUGAGGCUGAGGCAGGAGAAUCGCUUGAACCUGGGAGGCGGAGGUUUCAGUGAGCCAAGAUUGCGCUACUACACUCCAGCCUGGUGACAGAGCGAGACUCCAUCUCAAAAAAAAAAAAAAAAAAAAAAAAGUUACGUAAUUAGUAUACUGCAUGUAUUAAGUUUUAAGGAGUAGAUUUCAAAACCCCUUCAUAUAGUGAAUGUAUGAGUUUAAAGUUAUUUCUGAUUAAAUAUUUCCUAUUAAAUUUGAAAAUUAGAUUUAACUUUCUAAAAGGAUUUUUAAUUAAUUUCAUUUUUUAAAAAGGUACAUGAGCUGGCGCAGUGGCUCAUGCCUGUAAUCCCAGCACUUUGGGAGGCCAAGGUGGGGGAUCACGAGGUCAGGAAAUCGAGACCAUCCUGGCUAACAUGAUGAAACCCCGUCUCUACUAAAAAUACCAAAAAAAAAAAAAAAAUUAGUUGGGCGUGGUGGCACAUGCCUGUAGUCCCAGCUACUCCAGAGGCUGAGGCAGGGGAAUUGCUUGAACCCAGGCGGGGAAGGUUGCAGUGAGCUGAGAUGGCGCCACUGCACUCCAGCUUAGCUACAGAGCGAGACUCUGUCUCAAAAAAAAAAAAAAAAAAAGUAAAUGUCCAAUCCAAUAACAUUGUAAUUAUUAAGAAUAACAUGGAAUGAUGCUACAGUGGAGAAUACCAUGUGGCUAUUAAAAGUAACAGUUAACAAAAGUAACAUUAGUUAAGGUUAGAAUACUAUGUAGCUAUUAGUUUUGAUUUUUUUUUUUUUUUUUUUUU